UGACCUAGUCUUGUGUGCUGGAGCAGAAAUCCUGCUGAAAAACCCAAUGACUUCUAGCAGAGUAUCAUUUAGAGGCUUGAAAACAGUUUUGUGGUGCCAUCAAAGCAAACUCUCCACCAAACCAUCACUGAGGAAGGGUGAUGACCUUCCACUCUUCCAAUGACUUCCUGGGCUUCUUUAGAGCUGUGUGCAUACACCUGAUCAUUUUGGCGAUUAAAUUUGUCUUCAAUUGUAAAAAUUUUCUCAUUGCUAAACAAAAUCUUUCGAUGAAGACCAAUGGUGUAAUAGCCAAGGAGCAGUUUGCAUCUAUCCACACUAAUUUUUUUUAGGAAAGUGAUUAGCCUUUGUCCUGUCAUUCUUCCAAAUGCAUCCAUCCUAAGGUCACUUUUUAUUAUGCAAGACAUUGAUCUGACAUAGAUUCCCAUUUCCCUAGAAAU